UUGGCUGCGGUUAGUCGUUGCUGAUCAGUGAGCGGAUUAGCCAUGGAAUUGUGGAGCUGCUUGCUACUCAGCCUGGGGCUUACAUCGAUGGCUGGUCUGGGGGUGUCCCUAUGCGUUCCCCCAAUGGACCACUGCAUUGAAGAUAUGGAGGAGGCAGAUGCCAAAGAGCGCUUCGACUAUGUCCUAGCCAAAUAUGAGGAGCUGGAAAUGAAGAUUCCCGGCGAGCCAGUCGGAUUGCACGGAAAAGUGGUUAGGCGCGCAGAAAUCGAGGAGCAUCACAUUGUGUUCCGGUAUAUGGACAAUACUCCACAUGACAUCAUCCAGACCUGUGCGUUUGUGGUCACCAAUGCGCCCGGUCACUGCGAGACCAUUGGGACCUUUUGCUCGGCCUUUCUGCCCCGCCUGCCGCGUCCGCUGCUGGAGCGCAAAUCGCUGGCCGUCUGCGAGGAUGGCGUCCAUGUGGCGGAACACCAACCGGAACCGGAAGAGGAGGAAGACCCCGAGGAGGAUGAUGACCAGCAGAACGAUGAAGGGGGGGAGGCUGAGGCCGCCGCCACACCGACACCGACAGAGGCAACCAAAGUGAACGAGUUUCUCUGAUUCCGACGCGGCAAUCUCCUCCAUGUUCUCCCACAUUAUCGUUUUCCAAGCACCCCAAAAGUAUUCUACGAUUACUCCUUUUCACUACUAACAUUUCUCUUUGGCUGUUACCAAUGUCAUGGCUUCGCUUCAAACGAUUCAGUUGGGAACCUCCGUUCCAGCAACAACUAUUCGGCUUUAUAGUUCGACAUCCGAACGAGGCUCCUUAGAUGGCGCCUGCGCUGAACGGAGGGGCUGCACAGUGGUGCUAGAGUCUGGCAGAUAUUUUGGGAAAUACACGUAUGUGCCUUGAUUGUGUAUCUUUUUGUUCAAUUGAAAUACUUUGUAAAAUUGGUUAUUUUAUUGAAAAAA